AUCCGGGCGGGCUAUUUUGAUAUAUUUCCAAAUCAUCUUAUUUUAGCCAUGAAAUCAUUGAACCUGGUGAUCAUGCUUAACUAAAUAAUGUUUGUAAAAAAAGAUUAACCGUUCAGUUACUGGAAUGCAAUACCUCUGUGAACAUGGGUGAGACACAAAGAGGGCCACUCUCUAUAUAUAUUUCAUUUGUGAUUGCAUUUACAACUAUUCAAGGAAACACACAUCAGCAUAUUGUUGACCCAUGUACUAGCAGCGAAACUCGUGAACUCCCUUUUUUAAGACAACGUGUUGUUGGUUAUGAACUUGCAGAUGGAGAAAAACCUAUAUGUGAUCAUUAUUUCUACAAAGGAUGGUACAAGAUGUAUGACAAUGUUAUAGCAUCAACGGAUGGAAAAUGUGGCAGUGAUAUAAACUGGUACCGCAAGGAUGCUCUUCCGGAAAAAAUUGGAAAAGAGAGCAAUAUGAAUUAUUGUCUUAAUAUUGGCAACGGAGAAUGUGGCCUGGAAGAAACAGGAAAAGUGAUGAAAUGUUCCGACGAAAAAUAUGUCUUCAAACUUUUGCCGCUUCCGGGGUGUUCUCAGGCGUAUUGUAUAGAGAAAUUGAACAACACAAAUGGAACCACAACAGAUGACACGGCACCAGACAUUUCACAAGUAUUGCCUCAUAUUGAAGCGAAUGUCGUAUUAGUUUUGGGGUCUAACGAGCUUCAAUUCUAUUGUGACUUUCAACCACCGAAAAACACAAACUAUUUCUAUACGGUCGAAUGGGGUAUUUCAUCUGGAGUUUCAUGGACAGACUCUCUUUUUGAAUCUAAUGCUGUUCAGUUUAUAAAUUUAUCCGACUUUCGCAAUAAAACUAGAUUGACUGAAACAACUCUUAAAGUAAAGAACUUUGGUCGUCUUGGAAUUCAUAUCGCUUGCCUUGUUAGAGCAAUGAAAAACGUUUUAGGGUUACCUAGCAAAGGAAGACCAAGUGCUCCAAAGUUUUGUGGUAUUGAGAUUGUGAAUAAAUCAACACUCAGGUUGAAAGAUACAGAAAUAGGUCAAUUUGAAAUACGCUUGACUAUUCCGUUUGGUUGCCAAAAAUGGGAAAGGAAUGGGUGUUCGUUGGAUGUAACAAUGUUUGUACCAGAAAAUCAAAACAGUAAUUGCCGGCCAAGUGGACUUUCCCAAGCUUCCCAAAUAGACAGAAUAGAUAAUCGUUGUGGAAUAAAAAUUAAAAACGACGAAAUUGGGAAGUCUAAGACAAUUCAAGUUGAAGCAGAUCUGGGCCAAAAUCGUGAAAAAAAAGACUGGAAUUUCAGAGUAAUUUUAGCAACAACAAAGGACUACAAAGCACAUCCAUUUUUCCAGAAUUAUGUGCUUGAUAUGGUCAAAGUAGACGUAUUGGUGGAUAUGACCCGUGUGAAGGGAAAAUGUCAUUCAAAUAAUGACCCUCAUAUGGUUUCGUUUGAUCGUGUUGGAAAUAUAGGGAAAUUUGAAAACCAGAAUAACGGAAUAUUCAUACUGUACCGUAAUUCCAAUCAAAAAGUACAGGUUCAGGUGCAGACGAGUCCUUGUUAUAAACACAACAGUGACAUCUGGUGCAAUUGUGGGGUAGCUGUAAGUGCAGGUAGAGACGUGUUUAUCAUGAGUAGUUGUGGUGCCAAUAGUGGAAAGUGGCGUCAGGAAUUUCGAUGUAAAGAUCAAGUGUUGUCUAAUAGUAUAAAGACAGACAAAGCAAAACAAAAAUUUGUGAUAUUUCUUCCGACAGGAACGGAAGUUCUUAUAACACUUAGUGGACACUAUUUCCAACCCUUUCUAAACGUACAAGUUACACCUAGCUUGGCGGAUUGGAACAAAACGGAUGGACUUUGUGGUCUCUUUAAUGGAAAUGCAAAUGACGAUAGACAAAAAAGGCCUGGUUCAACAAAAAAUGAUAUUAAUCUAAGCUGGAGUGUAGGGCCGAUUGAAAGUCUGUUUGAUCAAAGGAAUGACAAGUAUCUAAAAAAAUGGUCAUCUGAAAGAUUUUUAUGCAAUUGUACUGUUGAAUGGGCACCGGUGGGAGGCGCUAGUGGACCACAAAACUUUGUUCAAUGUUCUGCACAUAAAUCGAAGGCAAGAAAAUGCAAGGAUAGAAUAUUUGAAGAAGAGUAUAAUGAAAGGUGUUCAUUUGCGAGGAAAAAAAGAAAUGUUCACGGGCAUUACGUACAAAGAGAUGUUGAUAAACACUUCACGACAAGUACAAAAUUCGUCUCAAAACUUUUGAAUACAUUCCGUUUAUCUCAGAGACAUAAAAGGGAUGUUACAAAUAUCAAUUAUACAGAGGCAUCUGCACGGCAAGCCUGUUUAAAGACUAUAAAUACAACGGCAUUUCAAAUGUGUUCAUCAGUUCCCACUGUCGACGUUAACAAAUAUGUCGAAGACUGCACUCUCGAUGCAUUGUCGACAAAUUCAAUGGAAUGGACAGCAUCUCAUCUAGACGCAAUGAAAGGAGAAUGUGUACAAGAGGUUAAAGUAAAUCAACCACUCACAGCAGAAGAUCUCAAAAGUUUCAAGCCAGACCCAAUCAAUUCUAACAUGACUACAUUGAUGCCCUCGAGUACUUUGCAAACAACCCUUAGUCCAGUAUUUACAUCAGAUUUCCUUAGCAAUCUUGAAGAUGUAACCUGUCUCAAUGAUUGCACUCAAAAUGGGAUUUGUGAAAAAGGUCUGUGCGUUUGUAAUGAUGGAUUUUCUGGAGCGGACUGUUCCGUUGAUAGUUCAAAACCACCAAUAAUGACAGGCAUUCCUGACGAUGGUGAAUGUGACUUACAGUACAGGGAGUGUUUGACAACAUCUGUUUACGGAAUAAAUUUGGUACAAUCGGAAACAUUAUCGUGUCAUAUUAAACCAUUUCAGAUCAAUACUGACAGUGUUAUGGAGACAGAAAAUACUUCUUAUAAAAACAAAGGAACUUUACAAACAUUUAUGGAAGUAUCAUGCCCCUUAGAAAAAAGACGAGAAAAGCGCGCUGAUGAUACAAAAACUAACGAUUACAUGGCUAAAGGUUACACUGUUUCAGUAAGUAAUGAUGGCAAGGCGUUUAGUGAAGAAGAUGUCAUUGUAAUUUACGAUUCUGAGUGUGUUAAUUGCACAAAAGAUAACGACAAGAUAGUUUGCGUUCAACGGCCAGGAUAUUGCACCAAACACGGACAAUGUUAUCGAUUUGGAGACAAAUACGACUGUUAUGUUUGCACCGGUGGUAUUGACGGUCAGUUCUCAUGGGUUCCUGGUAAAGAAUGCCCAAUUGCAGUUCCACCACCACCUCAGUCAAAGAAACUAUGGGUCAUUGCAGCAGUCAUUUGUCCUUCCUUUGUUGUAAUAGUCGGGGUGAUACUGGGAUGUAUUUACAAAAGCAAAAGAACAUUGGCUAAAAGAAAGACACGUGUAAUGGAUUCGCUCUCUUCUUCGAAGGCUACUAUAAAUCACGAAUAAGCAAAGUAAUUUCAGCUGAAUAGAUGGACAGUGCAAGUAUCGACGAUUGCUUAUUUAAGCAAAAGGUUUUUGAAGGACAAUGCUUUUUUAGAAUAUCUAAUGAAAACAUUUAGACUAUUUACAAAAUUUUCGGAUCAAAAUUAGUGUCAGUAUCUUAUUCAUUUGAUUUGUGAGCACCAUAUAAUUAAGAUCGCAUUGAUUGAUUUCAUUUUAGUUUCUUUGACUGUUUUAUUCUAAUAUGUAAUGACGUUCUAUAUGCAGUUUAGACACUUCCUAUUUCGUUAUGGUAUCUUAUACGCAUUUAUAUACAUAUCAUAAUCACAAUACUGUCAUAUCCACAAAACUUUUCUCUGAAUUUUAAAAUAAACAGAAUGAAGAACUA